AUGGCGGCGGUCGCCAUGGUGAGCUCCGCCAGUGGGCUCCUUGCUAUGCUGCAGGAGCCGGCGCCGGAGCUGAAGCUGCACGCGCUCGCCAGCCUCAACUCCGUCGUCCACCUCUUCUGGCCCGAGAUCUCCACCAGCGUUCCCACCAUCGAGAGCUUGUAUGAAGAUGAGGAGUUUGAGCAGAGGCAACUUGCAGCACUUGUUGUUUCUAAGGUAUUUUACUACCUGGGCGAGUUAAAUGAUUCACUGUCAUAUGCACUUGGUGCUGGACCCCUAUUUGAUGUUUCUGAUGAUUCUGACUAUGCCCAUGCUCUUUUAGCCAAAGCAUUAGAUGAAUAUGCCAGUAUCAAGACCAGAGCCUCUAAAGCUACAGAGGAGGAAGAGAACAUUGAUCCUCGAUUAGAGGCCAUAGUGGAGAGGAUGCUUGAAAAGUGUAUUCUUGAUGGGAAAUAUCAACAGGCCAUGGGUAUGGCUGUUGAAUGCAGAAGGCUGGAUAAGCUGGAGGAAGCAAUUGUUCGGUGUGAUAAUAUUCAAGGGGCUCUAUCGUAUUGCAUCAAUCUUUCUCAUCAAUAUGUUAAUCACCGUGAAUAUCGUUUUGAGGUUCUCCGUUGUCUUGUUAAAAUAUACCAAACUUUGCCAAACCCAGAUUAUCUGAGCAUUUGCCAGUGUCUUAUGUUUUUGGGCGAGCCCGAAACUGUUGCAAGCAUAUUGGACAAGCUGCUUUCUGGAAGCAAGGAUGAUGCUCUACUUGCAUAUCAAAUUGCCUUCGAUCUUGUUGAGAAUGAAAACCAGGCUUUCCUUUUGAAUGUGAGGAAUCGUUUGGCCUCACCGACUCCUGAGCCAUCUAACCCUGAGAGCGAGCCAGCUGUACAAGAUGAUCAAACUGCCAGUAUUGUGGGUACAGGCACAGAAGCAGCUGGAGAUGUUCAAAUGAGAGAUGAUACAACUACACCAAAUGGAAAUGCCCACACUGUGGAUCCAAAUGAGGUAGCACAUGCUAACAGGCUUGCAAAAAUUAAAGGGAUACUGUCAGGGGAGACUUCUAUUCAGCUGACAUUGCAAUUUCUAUAUAGCCACAACAGAUCUGAUCUUUUAAUUCUGAAGACAAUAAAGCAAGCUGUGGAAAUGAGGAAUAGCGUUUGCCACAGUGCAACCAUAUGUGCCAAUGCAAUCAUGCAUGCGGGAACUACUGUAGAUACCUUUCUAAGAGAGAACCUGGAGUGGUUAAGCAGGGCAACCAAUUGGGCGAAAUUCAGUGCAACUGCUGGACUAGGUGUCAUUCAUAGAGGCCACCUUCAACAAGGCCGGGCUUUGAUGGCCCCCUACCUACCUCAAAGUGGUGCAGUUGGCGGUGGCAGUCCAUAUUCAGAAGGUGGUGCCCUCUAUGCACUAGGUCUGAUUCAUGCCAAUCAUGGUGAAGGAAUCAAACAAUUCCUCCGUGAAAGUCUUCGCAACACCAGUGCAGAGGUCAUCCAGCAUGGUGCAUGUUUGGGGCUUGGGCUUGCAGCUUUGGGCACAGCAGAUGAGGAAAUAUAUGAGGACAUAAAGAAUGUCCUUUACACCGACAGUGCUGUUGCUGGUGAGGCAGCUGGUAUUGGCAUGGGCUUGCUCAUGGUUGGGACCGCCAGUGAGAAGGCUAGUGAGAUGCUUGCUUAUGCACAUGAUACGCAGCAUGAAAAGAUUAUAAGGGGUUUGUCACUGGGAAUUGCAUUGACAGUAUAUGGCAGGGAAGAGGAAGCAGACACCUUGAUUGAACAAAUGACGAGAGAUCAAGAUCCCAUAUUACGUUAUGGUGGUAUGUAUGCAUUGGCUCUAGCCUACAGGGGAACUGCAAACAACAAAGCCAUCCACCAGCUGCUGCAUUUUGCUGUAUCAGACGUCAGUGAUGAUGUUCGGAGGACUGCAGUUAUGGCUCUUGGAUUUGUUUUAUACAAUGAGCCUGAUCAGACUCCAAGAAUCGUAUCCUUGCUCUCUGAAUCAUACAACCCACAUGUUCGCUAUGGUGCAGCCUUAGCUGUUGGGAUAUCAUGUGCAGGGUCUGGAUUAAGUGAUGCAAUUUCCUUGUUGGAGCCUCUUACAUCAGAUGUUGUUGACUUUGUGCGUCAGGGAGCUCUCAUUGCCAUGGCAAUGGUAAUGAUCCAAACGAAUGAAUCCUUUGAUUCUCGUGUUGGAGCAUUUAGGCGUCAAUUGGAGAAGAUCAUUCUUGACAAACAUGAGGACACCAUGAGCAAGAUGGGUGCCAUACUAGCUUCUGGUAUCCUCGAUGCUGGUGGUAGGAAUGUUACAAUCAAGCUCCUCUCAAGAAACAAGCAUGACAAACUCACUGCUGUGGUUGGUCUUGCCAUUUUCAGUCAGUUCUGGUACUGGUAUCCUCUCUUGUAUUUCAUCAGCCUGGCCUUCUCGCCAACAGCCUUCAUUGGGCUCAACUCUGAUUUGAAAGUGCCAAAGUUUGAGUUCCUAUCACAUGCUAAACCGUCUCUCUUUGAGUAUCCCAAACCGACAACUCAGCAGACUACUGCUUCAACAGUGAAGCUGCCAACAGCCAUUUUGUCAACUUAUGCGAAGGCAAAAUCUAGGGCAAAGAAGGACGCAGAAAGCAAAGCUAACCAGGAGAAGGCCACAGAAGAGGCUUCGGGUUCUACCUCAAGCAAGGCGGCUAAAGCUCAGGAGAAGGAUGCUGAUGCAAUGCAGGUUGACAAUGCCACUGAGAAGAAAGCUCCUGAACCAGAAGCAACCUAUCAGCUCCUGACAAACCCAGCUCGCGUGAUCCCUGCCCAGGAGAAGUUUAUCAAGUUCCUUGAAAACAGCCGAUACGUCCCUGUGAAACCAGCGCCUUCUGGAUUCAUCCUCCUCCGAGACCUGCAGCCCACUGAGGCUGAGGACCUUGCACUGACCGAUGCUCCCACAACCGUUGCAGGAAGCACCGGCAACACUGCCCCUGCUGCUGGCCAACAGGGGUCCGGAUCAUCCGCCAUGGCUGUCGACGACGAGCCACAGCCGCCGCAACCCUUUGAGUACACCUCGACUGCUGGUUUGAAGCGAAAGGACAAGGAUGGGAAUGAGAAGGACUUGGUGCGAUAUCCGUUGGCUUCGUCGAUGGGUACCUUUAAGCCGAAGAGCAUUAUACCACCGGUGAAGACCUCUUUGCAAGUGGCAUGUCGAGAUACCUGGACGGAUUUUACUUUUGAGAAAAUGGAACUUCGAUAUCUUGACGAAGGCGUGCCUAUGCCGUUUCCUCGGUUUGGUUUUAGCAGGCCUAAGUCUGAAAAUGAUGGUAAAUUUGUGCGUGGCAUAGAGGAAGAGGCCAACAAGAUCCUUGGUGACUAUUCUGACAAGGAACAUGCCGCCCGAGUGGCUGUACUCGGUACCUGUCCGAGGCUGAAUAGGGUUUUUGAAGAGAUGAAGGUGACAUAUUCUGAGCGGCCUGUACCUGAGAAGUUUCGGCUUAGGGAGCAGGCGGCCUGUUUGUGGAAGGAGAAUACCUCUGGUGGUUCAAAGCGCAAGGAUCUGUCGAGGAAGUCUGUGGCUUAUCGUAAGAGGGUUAAGAGUUUGGAUGCUGGGCAACAUGAGGCAAAGUAUCUAUCUCCAACAUUGUCUCCGGUUGCUGAGUUGGCCAAGGAUACCGAUCUGUGCAGCGGUGGUGAUUCUUUGGACAAGAACGUGGCUGGAUUAGUUCGUGAAUGUCGUUUACCUUCCGUGUUCGAUGAUGACGUUGAGGACAUGGAAUUGAUUGACGAUGAUGACUCGGGGUUAGUUACUAGCACUUUGCAAGGAGCUAUUGCUGAAGAGAAAGAAGAUGUGGACCCCAUUGGUGAUGCUGAUCCGAAGAUCGCUGCAGUAGCUUCGGUGGAAGUGGCUGCUGCUAUUGACCAAGUGAUCAUGAAGGUAUUCCCAAGAGAACUAGAGCUGAUGAGGAUAUUGGGGCGCGUCUGUUACAGACAAGACAUGACUUCUGUCAUGGCUAACUAUCUGAAGGUUAAGGUUAAGGGUGCACUUGAUCUUCGCAAACAGAGUUUGUCUGACCUACAGGAUAAGGUUACCUCCCUUGAGGGGGAAGUUGCACAGCUUCGCGAGGACAAGGCCGGUCUGGAGAGGUCUCUGAAAGAUAAGGAGAGCGAGAAUCAAGCUGUCCUGCAGCUUCUUAGCAAGGAUUAUGAGGCCGCAUGCAGAGACAAAACCUCACUAGAGAAGGAGCUUGAGAAGAUGCGGGAUGCUGCGAUUGCUAAGUCGACUGACCUUUCCAAGAACCUCGGAGAGAAGGUGCUGGAGCUUAAUUAUUUGAAUGAUGAGAAGACUAAGCUUGAGGGCCAAGUUCGUGAUAAAGAGGAUGUGAUUGAGGGCCUGCGGGCUCAGGUUGCUAAAGAGUCAACUGCAUCUUUUGAUCUUAAGAGCCAGGUUCAGUUUUUGGAAGACAAGAUGGAAGCGACCAAAGCGCAGGGCCUGGAAGCUUCAACGCUGUUUUGCCAGAUGCUUCAGAGGUUUGGUGGUCUUGGUGGAGGUCCUUCCGAUAGCGCAUCUGUUGAGGAUUUGUUUGCUUGGAUGAAGUCUGAGUUUGCUGAGCUACCGGAUUUUAUUGGCAAGGUUGGGGACUUCGGAACUUUGUCCGGUGUGACCAACCUCUUAUCUAUGAUGGAGAAAUUUGGAUGCGGGCAUCUCCAAGAAUUCUUGAGGAAGAGUUAUGUGUUUCCGUCUCCUAACGAACUCGGUGAGCCAUCAAGGACUGAAUAUCGCCCGGCGAUGGUGAGGAAGGCUAAAGGGAAGACUGGAGAAUCUACUUCUGGUGAAGAUUUGAAGGAUGAGCCCCCUACGGAGGUGAGGAAAGACUGGAGAAUCUACUUCUGGUGCGAAGAUUUGUGGAUGGAAGCUACGGAGCUUGUUUUGACAAAAGAUCAGAACACAUCUACCACUGUCGUUCAAGGUGCAAGCUGCUUAACGUCACCAAAAGGUGUUCAAGAGGAGGCUAGCUUUAUGGGUAAAGGUGGAGAACAACAGUUCUGCUACCAGCCUAAUGUGUAUGCCCCUCAGCCACACACACCCUUUUCUGGAGGAUACUUGAACCAUUUGGGUCAAUGGGAGGGAUACCCAUAUGCUGUGAGUGCAGAGGGACUUGAUGCUGCAUACCCUGUGAUGUAUGGAGCUUAUUCCCCUUUGUCAGCCAUUGGAGACAGCCAGACAUAUUUCUCUUUGCUCUGUCCCAUGUCAAGCCCUUGCUACCAGCCACCUGCUUCAAGCACGGGAUAUUCAAGUCCUGGUACUGGAAUAUCACAAUUUGAUCCGAUGCACCAGUAUUACUUUCCUGACGAAGUUCAUUACUCACCAACUCCUGGCUUCUAUCAGCCUUUUGGUUCUUUCAAUGGAAUUCCAAUGCAAUCUAGUGGUGUUCCUGGAUUUUUUGAGCAAGGAAACAUACCCCUGGCUUCUAGAAUGGAAUCCAUGUCUAAUUCUGGAUCAUACAAGGCAUUCCAGCAAGGUGGUAAAUUUGGAGGCACUACACAAAGUUGGAGCACUGCUAGUUGCAGAUUCGGCACUUUCAACAAGGGCUUCAAGAAUGAGAAGGGCUCUCUUGACUUUCUGAAUGAGCAAUGCCGUGGCCCAAGGGCCACCAAAACACAGAAAGAAGUGGGGAGAUCUUCAGCUGAGGACAAAAAUAAGAAGACAUUGCCAAUAGUUGAUUCUGAGAAGUACAACCACCCUGGUUUUGUCACAGAGUACAACGAUGCCAAAUUUUUUGUAAUAAAAUCCUACACUGAAGAUCACAUUCACAAGAGCAUAAAGUAUAAUGUUUGGGCCAGCACUCCCAGAGGGAACAGGAAGUUAAAUGCUUGUUAUCGUGAGGCGAAAGAGAAGGAAGACCGUUGUCCUAUUUUCUUGUUUUUCUCGGUUAAUAGCAGUGGUCAAUUCUGCGGUGUAGCUGAGAUGACUGGGCCUGUCGAUUUUGACAAGAGUGUUGAUUACUGGCAGAAUGACAGAUGGAAUGGCCAAUUCCCUGUCAAAUGGCACAUUGUUAAGGAUGUCCAAAACAACAUUGUCCGGCACAUCAUCCUGGAGAACAAUGAGAACAAGCGAGUUACAAAUAGCAGGGACACGCAGGAGGUGAAACUGGAGCAGGGUCUCAAGAUGUUAGCCAUCUUCAAGAACCAUGAAGCCGAGACAAGCAUCCUUGAGGACUUCGAAUUCUACGAGCAACGAGAGAAAGCUAUGCUAGAUGACAGGCAGCAACAGAAGCAACAGUGUUUCAAGACUGGGAAGCAGGUGCAGACCAGUGCACCAGUGGACAUUGUGACUGGUAUCUCGGACGCUUUUGCAGAGGCUGUCCAACUGGAAGAAACCAGUGACAGAGAAAACAAACCAAUGAUUGAAGAUCGAAGAAGCCAUGCUGAAAACAGCGGAAGUGGGAGGCCUCUUGAAAGAAAGCGGGUGAUUGCUUGUUCUCCUUUCAUGACUAAUCCAGAGUAG